AUGACCCUGCGUCCUUCCACUGCUCCACAGCGCGUCCCUCUGCUGUCUCCUCCUGCGUCCUCUCUUCCUGACGUUGCCGACCCGCCGUCAGACCUUACUCGUGCUGCCAGUCCUACUGUCGCGCGUCUCCUUGCCACUGUUGUCACUGACUCUACCUUUGAGUCCUCUGCUGCGUCUGCUCUAGUCGCUGAGCUUGUUGACUUUGCUGCCGCCUGUCGUCUAGACUACGCCGCUAGCCUUGUUGCUGAGUCUGAGUCUGUCUGUCCUCCGUCCGUCGGGGGUGAGUGUGCUCUUGGCACGGACGUCCUUGAGGACAGACAGGAGGAGUUUGAGUGCUUUGCUGCUGCUUUACCUCAUCUCGUGUCCAUGCUGAUUGCCCCUGAGGGAGACCCGGAUGCACCAGACAUCCCGACCCCACGCUCCUACGCAGAGGCGAUGGAGGGUCUCUACUCCUCUCAGGUGAAGCGGCCGCCGGGUUCUCCGCCUGUCUUCAAGGCGCGUUACGUUGCACGAGGCUUCAGUCAGCGAGAGGGAGUUGACUUCUUCCAGACCUUCUCCCCGACCCCGAAGAUGACCACUCUUCGGGUUCUGCUGCACGUCGCUGCUCAGCGUGACUACGAGCUCCACUGCCUUGACUUCAGCACUGCGUUCCUACAGGGCACCCUGCACGAGGAGAUCUGGCUGCGCCGCCCACCUGGCUUCACUGGGUCGUUCCCUCCUGGUACCCAGUGGAGCCUCCGGCGGCCAGUCUACGGUCUCCGCCAGGCGCCCCGUGAGUGGCACGACACACUGAGGACUACUCUUGCUGCUCUUGGGUUUGCUCCUUCUACUGCUGACCCGUCGCUGUUUCUACGCACCGACACCACUCUGCCGCCGUUCUACGUUCUCGUGUACGUAGACGACUUGGUCUUUGCUACUGCUGACACUGAGGCACUCGCCCACGUGAAGUCGGAGCUGCAGAAGAGACACACGUGCACAGACCUGGGUGAGCUGACAAGCUAUCUUGGCUUGCGGAUCACCCGGGACAGAGCACAGUGCACCAUCACCUUGACUCAGUCACACAUGGUGCAGCAGGUCCUUCAGCGCUUCCGCUUCACGUACUCCUCGCCUCAGCCCACUCCUCUGCCUACCGGUCACUCGCUCUCAGCUCUGCCUUCGGAUGAGUCCGUAGAGCCGAGUGGCCCGUACCCAGAGCUUGUGGGCUGCCUCAUGUACCUGAUGACCUGCACUCGACCUGACCUAGCCUACCCGCUUAGCAUCCUAGCACGCUAUGUUGCUCCUGGCCGUCACCGGAAGGAGCACAUGGAUGCAGCUAAGAGGGUGUUGCGCUACUUGUGCAGUACGUCGGGCAUGGGGCUUGUGCUUGGAGGACGGCGAGACGUUGUCCUCACUGGACACUCAGACGCUUCUUGGGCUGACGACCUGGCUACUCAGCGGUCGUCUCAGGGUUACACCUUCAGCCUUGGCUCUGGCUCAGUUUCUUGGCGUUCUACACGCUCUUCCUCUGUUCUCAGCUCCAGUUGUGAGGCUGAGAUCUACGCCACAGCCAUGGCUGCCCAGGAGCUUCGCUGGCUCACCUACUUGCUGACCGACCUGGGAGAGCGGCCUCGUUCUCCUCCAGUGCUAGUUGCAGCAGCGUGGUCAGCUUCGUCUCUCUUACGUGGCCACUCGGGCCAACACUGCUGA